AGCAGCCAGCAGGGGGCGCCGCGGGGCACCAGCGAACAACGGCAAGGACAAAAUGUGCUUUUUGCGCAUGAGGCAGAAGCUGAACGCCUCAUUUCAGCUCUGCAUGAAGUAGCAGUAUGAGCUGAAGGCGAAAGAGCUCAGGUUUGAGUCCAAAAGGUUGGCAGGAUGGGUGAGGGUCCCACGGUCAGUCCCUCCGCUGCCAUCACUCCAGUGCAGCAGAUGUUGGCGUCUGGGACUGGAGCUUUACUGACCUCCCUCUUUGUGACGCCACUGGAUGUGGUGAAGAUCAGACUGCAGGCCCAGCAAACUCCCUUCUACCACGCCUUAGCAGGAGAUUCUCGGUCCUGGAGGGGGUUGAUACGUCCCUCAAAAUGGAAGUGCUUUCUGUAUUGUAACGGACUGAUGGACCACAUCUACGUGUGCCAGAACAUGACCACCUGCAGCACCUGGUACAAAACGCCCACUCACUUCAGUGGGACGCUGGAUGCGUUUGUGAAAAUCACGAGGCACGAGGGUCUGCGGUCUCUGUGGAGCGGCCUUCCUCCAACACUAGUCAUGGCUGUUCCUGCCACGGUCAUCUACUUCACCUGCUACGAUCAGCUGAGGGACUUCCUGCGCUAUGGCAUGGGUUACCAGGGCACCCACGUGCCCCUCAUUGCAGGAGGGCUGGCCAGACUUGGAGCAGUGACCGUGAUCAGUCCUCUGGAGCUUGUACGCACUAAGAUGCAGUCUCGUCAGCUGUCCUACAGCGAGCUGAGAGUCUGUAUCCGCUCGGCCGUGGCUCAGAACGGCUGGCUGUCUCUGUGGAGGGGCUGGGGGCCUACCGUCCUGCGGGAUGUCCCUUUCUCUGCUCUGUACUGGUUUAACUAUGAGCUGGUGAAGGCAGAGCUGUGUGACAGAUACAGGAGGCCACAGGCUUCUUUUGCUGUCAGUUUCACUGCAGGAGCCGUUUCAGGAGCUAUAGCCGCAGUGAUGACCCUGCCGUUUGACGUGGUGAAAACACACCGACAGAUCCAGCUGGGAGAGAUGGACACUCUAGGAGCCCCUCUGAAGAAGCCCUCUUCAACCUGGCACAUAAUGAAGAAUAUCUGGAGUGAGGUGGGGUAUCGGGGGCUGUUUGCAGGCUUAUCUCCACGGGUGAUCAAAGUGGCCCCGGCAUGUGCAGUCAUGAUCAGCACAUACGAGUUUGGAAAGGCUUUCUUCCACAAGCGCAAUGAGGAGCAGAGGCAGAGAGGAGCCUGAGGAUGAUUUGGCUGCUGGAUUCAGCCUCUGUAUUUAUCCCCAGCCCACUGUGGAGGAGCGGCUGGAUGAAACAGAACAGAUAUGCGUCCGCAGUAAUGAAACUGCCUUUAGCUCAGCCUCUGCAUGGGUCCCUUGCUGAGCUAAAGAUACAUCUAAGUAAAGCUGGACAUGUUACGACAAGACAGCAAAACAGAUGGGAGCUGUGGGACUUUUAACAUAUGAAGCUGUGGAUCUCAGUAGGGCUGCCGUGCACGAUGUGGAUAAAAUACUAGCAAUGUGACAGUAUUGCUGUAUAUUGCGAUUAUAUAUUCAAAUGCAUCCAAUCAUUAAUGUAACGCAGCAAUAUUUUGCUCAAAAUAAUAGACUUUUGCUGCAACAAAAAAAUAUACAAGUGGUAAAAUAAAUCUGAUUGGUUAGAUGGCUUUGUAAAUUGUAGCCUUCUGGCGCAUCCUUAUUUUUAACACAUUGUGUAUUUUGCAGCCCUAAAGCUUAGUAAUCCCCUGAAAUGUGACGCAACAUUGACGUAAAAUGAUGCUCCGUCAUCAUACACUGAAGUGGCAGCAAAGCCGGCUGGCAGACGAGGCUACAGUUGGCUUCUUAUUUGAAUUCGCUGGUCCACCUUAAAUAGUGCAGCAGUUGAAUUUUGCCUUAGAUGCCUGAAUAUAACUGCUGCACCAUUUAAGGUGGAACAUGUUUUUUAACCUUCUUGCUGGCAGGAACUCUACCUCUGUAUGCUGCCUUUAUUUGCAUGGGAGCAAGGAGAGAAACUUUAGCGAAUGACUAUUAUUCAGUGAAUGAUUUAUUUGUGGCCGUUAUUAUCUGAAUGAAGUAGCUUCUGGCAGCACGUGGCCUUCAUUUAUGUGUCCGCACGUGGCUGAGCUCUGCUACUCUGAACCAGCAGAUCGGUGUGCAGUAGCCACCUGCUGGUCAUUCACUGGAAUCACAAGACGGCCAUUUGUCAUGUUUCUGUUCUAGCAGCAGAUGCAUAUAUAAAAUUUCAUAUUGCUUUUGUCAGAACAAAACCUCAUAUCUCUAAAAUGGUAACUUUACAGGAGAAGGAAAAAACAUACUCUCCUUUUACUAUAAGUCAGUGGAACCAGACCUUUUUCCAAGUAAUUUUGGGACAUUUCUUUUGGUCUAUUCAUCUAGAAAUUUACACACAGUGUAAAGAACAACAGGUACUUUCAAUUUAUGACAAAAACCAUAUGUGUAUGUAUGCUAAGUCAGCUUAAGUGACUAUAGUGAAUGACUAAAGGGAAAUACUACUCUUUUUUUUCACGAUUUCUAAAUAAGUAAAUUGUGAGGAUGUAAACAAAGUCAUUCAACGUGGUUUAUUAGUGGAUUAUAGGCAGAGCUGCAGAUUCCAGUAUAGAAGCUUAUCACCUCAGAUUUCUUUACAGUGGUGGUGAUGGGAGCCAGGGGUCACCAUGACUACAACACACAUAGACAAUUUAUUUACUAUCAAAACCACCAGAGAACCUACAUGAGUCUUCUGAGUUUAUAUGGAAUGUUAAUGAUGGAAAAUGGUGAUAAAUCUGGAAAACUAAGUUUUCUUUGGGGACCAUUUUACCUCAUAGUGUCCUGAAUGUACAAUAAACACGUUUUUAAUGCACAUUUCAAGCUGAAACAAUAUUGUAAAACAGUGUCUCAUCAUAUUUGUUACCAUUAUAUGAAAUUACUUUCUGUGAGGGAGCUUUUAGAGGUGGACGUCUGGUUCCUAUCAACACCACUGUGAACAGUUCUGAAGUUUCUCUAGAACUGAGUGUUUCACACCAAAUCACUCUGAGCGAAUGUUUGCAUAUGAACCACUUAGUUAUGUAGUAAAAUCAGUGGAAUUCCUCUUAAUGCGUUCAACUGAAAGUGAACUCUGUCUGCUGGUGCUGUGAUUGAGUGAUUUUAGGGAUUAAGUAAGCAAUAUGAAGCACUGGAUGCUGGUCUGCUUAGGUGGUGUUGAAAAUGACUACAUACACCACUAUGAGGAGGUGUAGAAGGUGUAGGAAGACCAAGGCACUAUGCUGAUGUUCAAGGCCUGUUUUUCCCCUUAUGUAAUUGUUGAUGUGAAUAAGGCUUUGUUAAGGUAUCAAAUGUGUCAGUCAGUGUUUGUGCCCUUCACUACAAGUUUUUUUUCCCUUCUUAAUUAUCUGUCCCUACGUUUUCGGAGACCUCGUCAUUUCAGGUCACAUGGUUUGUAUGUGGGAGAGGAAAGUCACUAAACCUGCCUGUAACAUUACUUGAUAUGUUUUUAUCAAGUUUUAUGUUUUUAAUAAAAGAGAAUGCUAGAUAAACUU